AUGCAGCAAACGUUCUUUGGUAGUUUUACGUAGUUUUUAUCCUGAUCGAGGUAGUUUAUUAUUGAAAUAAAUUAUACAUACACAAAAGUCGUAGGAAUUGAUGUUAUUCACUCUUCGAUGGCCGACCAACCACGGAUGCAAGUACAGUCCGAUUUCCGAAUAAAACCGCCACCAACAAAUUCUUCGCUUAGGACGGAUGUCCAAAACGAGCUUAUAAACAAACGACAGUGCGUUUAUCAAUCAUACGAUUGUUCACAGCUUUCUAUAGAAAACUACAAAUAUUGUUUGAAGCACAUACUUCAUGACAAGACAGCCCCAUUUAAACAAUGUGGUUAUGUGUACACCAACAACGGGAAACGUUGUAAUUUGCCUGCUCCUAAGGGCGAUAGGAAAGAUUACGGAUACUGCAGUGAACAUGCCUUAAAGACUGCUCUUACCAGAAAUAGGAGAGCACCACCACCUCGUACUGCCGAAGUUCUACUGAGUUCUAUAUCUCAUUAUGUUAGUAAUAAGAGAUCCCGAACGUCCUCCUCAGGUAGCUCCCAUCCUUCAGAAGAGUAUUUCCAGACGACAGAAGAAAAUGAUUUGGGAUGUACCAAAAGUAUGGAUCCUUUUGCAGAGGUUGAUGCUAAUGUGAUUUAUGAGUCCUCAUGUAAUAAUAUACUGGAUGUUUGUAGUGAAUCAGAAAGUGACGUUGAGGCUGCUGAUUUCUCUUCAGUCUGGCAUGACUAUGAUGGUGAUAGUUCAGACAAUGAAAGUAUUGAUUCAGAGCAAGAAGAUGUACUCAAGCAUGCCAAUGUUUUUACAGCUGAAGAGAUUACUCUAGUCACCAGAGACAAACUAAUUAGGUUGCAGUCUUUAUAUAUUGAACAAUACAGGCAUUUGCAGUACAUUUUAAAAGAGAGGAGGAGGAGAUAUCUUCAUUUUCUGAAGAGAGAAAAAGAAACAUGUUGUAACAUCUAUAAUCAGGUCAGGGAUAAUCCCAAAGAACAAAGAUUGUAUAAAAAAUUGAAAGCAUAUAAUAAAUAUCAAAAAACAUGUGGAUAUGAAGCUAUUUUAAAUAAAAGACUUCAUGAACUGAGGACAAAGAUAAAUGAUGGGAUUCAACAUAGACCACAUAGUUUUGUAAAGUGUUUAUUUACAGAGGGUGGAGUAAAAUGUGGAGAAAAAGCGUUACCAUUAGCUAAACAUUGUAGGAAACAUAUUUUGGAAGAUCAAAAUCAAGUAUUGUUUAGAGCUUGUGGGAAGGCUAAGGCUGAUAUUGAGUGUAGUACUCCAGUGGAAGCGAUUUUUGAUGAUGCCACAUGUAAAUUACAUAUGGAUAUUCCACCUAUAAGAUCUUACAGUAAACCUAGAAAAGAUUCAGAAUCUGAUCUAGAUGAUUCAUUUGAUAAUGUGAGUUUCGCCCCGGAAACAAUGUGCACGAACAUGAAAACGGAAUUGGAAGAUUACAACUUACAAGAAAUACCAAAAAUGGAAUCAUUACCUUCUCAACUAUUUGAAGAUUCAGAUGUUGAGUUAAGUUACAUGCCUAAAGAAAAAAUUGAUAGUAAUCACAAGAACUCAAGUAUAAAUGUUCAAUUUGCAAAUCAGGAUGACACACAGUCCAGCACUGAAACUGUCACUGAUAUGGUGCAAAUACAUAGUGAUUCCUCUAAUUUCAACUUAGAUGACACCAUCACAGAACUGGGGAUACCACAUGAAGAAAGUAGAGCAAUUCAAGUAAAAUAAUAUUUAAUAGUGGUUUUGUCAAAGAACAUUUUAUCUGAAAAAUUUGAAUUUAAACAAUAUUUAUUUUUUUCACUAACAGUUUACAUAUUAUAUACAUUUUAAAUCUUAUUGAUAAUAACGCUACCAGGAACUAUAUUUAUGUGAUUUCAAUUUUUACAAUGUUAAGUUUGCUUUUCAAUUAGAACAAAAUAUUGUACAAAUAUAUGUAGAUGUAUAUUUUUUUUUAAUAUUAGUUUUUCAACCACAUUUCAAUUGUAUGAGUUUUUAAUUAUAAGUGCAGUGUAGUAUUAUUUAUAUAUAAUUUACAUAUAACUGUCUUGAUUAAUAAUUUUGCCACGACAAGUUAUAUGAUAUUGACAAUAGUCGAGAGUUUUAUACACCAAAUCAUAGAAUUAGGAAAAGGUAAUAGGAUAAUUUCAACAAGUUUCAAGGAAUGCAUUGUUUUAUGGUUUUAAUGUCAUAGAGAAUAAGAUUUUUUGACGUUUAUAUAUCAUUAUAAAUUAAUAAAACAAUAAGUACUUAUUUACAAGAACGAAUCUUUCUAUUGAGAUAAAUAAUUGCCUUAAUCGUUCGAACAAUGUCGACUAUUGUGAAAAACACUAAUUUAUUAUUAUUAUUAUACUUUUAUUUCCUUCUUUUCAUAUUUGCAAGAAAUUGUUAAAAUAUUUAGUUAUACAAGUUUUUUUGUUUUUACUUAAUUUUAAGUUUACAGACUAGGACUAAAUGUAUGUCCUAAAUAUUAUUACUUAAGUGUGAACUGUAGUUCAGUUAUGUUGAUUUAGAAAUUAAUUUGCUAUGAUUGCUUACUAUUAUUGCUUGUACAUUGUGCACUCUCAGGUUAAUAUUUCAGAACCCUCAUUACCAUUUAUUCUUGAGGCAAAUAUUUAGAGAUAUUAGCCUGAGGAGAAUUCCAAGAGGAUUUAUCAAAUCAGUCUAUAUUAUAUUUUUUACAUUUGUAUAAUUUGAAUAGUCCGAAUUGUUUUCUUAUAUAACUCUGAAUAUAUUUGUGUUUCUUAAUUUUGUUAUAUACUUUCACUAUUGUGUAAUAAUUCAAAAUUCAAAUAAACAUUUGACAUGGUUA